GACUCGGCGAUGAUGGGUAGAUCGGUAGUAGUGGCUGUAGUGUUCCUAGCUGCGGUGUUGGGGAGUGCCCUUGCGGGUCCAAACAUCCACACACGCAUCGUCGGCGGCCAGGAUGCCUCCAUAGAGCAGCAUCCCUACCAGAUCUCGCUCCGUCGAGGUGCGACCCACACCUGCGGCGGUUCGAUUCUUAGUGCUGAUACCGUGUUGACAGCUGCCCACUGCGUUUACUACGCUAAUGUAGAACCUAGCGAUUUUUCGAUACGUGCUGGAUCCACUCUACGCAAUGAAGGUGGGCAAUUGAUUACGGUGUCGCAAAUGUUCGUUCACCCGGACUACGAUGAUUGGACGCUUGAGUGGGACAUAGCUGUCCUAAAGUUGUCGGUGAACUUGGUUUUCGGUAGAAAUGUCCAACCCGUCGCCUUGCCCAGCAGUACUCUCAGGGUGUCUCAAGGAACCAUCGCAUCAAUUGCCGGAUGGGGAUCACUUUAUUAUCAGGGAGCCAGUAAGAACCACCUGCAGCAGGUUUCAGUUCCGGUUGUGGAAAACAGCAUUUGCAGUGUGGCCUAUCAGAACUUCGGACCCAUCUGGUCAUUCCACCUGUGUGCCGGCGCAUUCGGAAUCGACGCGUGUCAAGGCGAUUCCGGUGGUCCACUGGUUAUAGAUGGCACAGUCAUUGGAGUGGUGUCCUGGGGGUACGGGUGUGCCUUCAAUGGGUACCCGACGGUCUAUUCGCGCGUUUCCGAGUUUAUUGAUUUCAUCAAACAACAUUUAUAAUCAUUUACUAAUAAAUAAAAAUGUGCUGCCCUUCUGUGAUAUAAAACUAAUUUUUGAAUGCAAUCA